UGGUGUCAAGUUUCUUCCCGCUGAUUGUUUACUUGCCGACGCCUUAUGACGUCAGGACCUGAAGCGAAACCUGAAGGAAAAACUUACCUGUCCGCUGCAGAUCAAAGGACGAACAGCCGAGAAAACCGGCUUUUAGACGACCUGUUGGGUUCGAAGCGCCGCAGGGUGACCCGCUGCUUUACCACAACUGACAUGUUUUAGUUCCCACGGGAAACGUGGUUACACUUCUAAGUUUUUUUUUUUUUUUUUUGGCUGAAGUGCACUUCCGGGUUCGCACAGCAGACAGUUUGGAGAUUCUCAGCUGGUACUGAGCGCUGAAAAUAAAACUAUGGCGCUUGAAAUGCAGUCCAUUGAAAAUAAUCUUCAUGAUGGAGCAGGGAUCGUAGUGGAUAAUGGGGAUGGUGGAUUACCUCCAGAGGAACACCAUUUACUUCAUGCCCAGCCUGCUGACAGGAACGGAGAGAUGGUAGGUGGAGCAGAACAUAACAGAAACUUGGAAGAUCAAAAUGUCAAGAAGCAGUCUUCACAAUGCAGCAAGAUGUGGAGGGAACUGAAUGACGUUGUCUUCUGGAGGGUCAGGCUAUGGGUGGUCCUCGUCGGCAUUGCUGUCCUUAUCUUAAGUGUGAUUCUGAUCUCACUGGCCUUAUGCUCAGUGAUUCAUGAGGAUGUGGAUGAGAAGUAUGACCGCUCGUCAUUUAUAAUUCAUCAGUAUUUCAAUGGGAGCUUCCAAGUGAACAGCCAGAACUUUGCAGAGAAGCUGAGCAGUCAUUGGUCCAAUGACAGCAAAGUAUUAAUGACUGAACUUCAAGAAAAGCUGACGGACCCUCUACAGAUCCUCCCCGGCUCUGGGCCGAUACUUCUCCACAGCUGUAGUGCACACUUUCAGCUCCCACGGGAACGGUUUCUGCCGUGGUUGACUACGGACUGGUGUUUGUCUUACCUGCAGCGCAGUGCGAUCAGUUGAAGAGUUUCACAUUGAGCUGGGAGAUGGUAUACAAUGUACUCAGACAGUUUCUGUACGACCAGGAAUAGAUGAUCCAAGGACUUUAUACAUUGAUCCACAAUCACUCAGAAUGAUUUAGAGACACGGGACACGAGUGCGUCACUCAUCGUGGAAGUCAGCAGACAUCACUUUGCAGUAUGGGACUUUGUGCAAAUUAAUUUCCACGUGUGGCUUUGACUCGUGAACUCAAAAAUGUCCACAUGCCUGCAAACCACUAAGGAUCAAAGACAAACCUGAUGUUGUCAUUUAGUAGAAAUGGCCUUUUAACAAA